AUGACGAGACCUUCCAAGAGACCAGCGAUUCCUGAUGGCGAGAUAGAAGGAGACUGGCCCAGGAGUACAAGCUUCAUCGGCCAUCAAUCUGCUCAGGAAGUUGCAGAUCGUGCUAUCACCACACCUAGCAGUGGCGACAAUGCUUCACAAAGGAUUUCUACAACGGGCAUUACCACAGGAUCGCGUCUUGACGAUGGCAAAUCGAAGGUAGUAGGUCCUGCAGAUGAGCUCGAAAGGAAGUCUGGUCGAGCCGAACAUGCGCCGAAUGUUCCAUCCAUAGCCACGGCAAGGCUUGCAUCAUCAUCGAAUGACGAGCGCCGCGAGCAGCAUGUUGCGACUGUCGGAGAUGUCGGUGCUUUCGAAGCAGCCGAGUCUCCUAUGUCUUCUUCUUCCAGCGAGGAUUUGACAGCGGUGAUGCCGCAGGAAACUUCACCUGCGGACAGGCAGCAGCAUACCGAAAGACCCGUCCAGAUUUCAGGUCAGAGGCGACUCACUGAGGAUGACCUGAUGAAGCACCUCUCAAGGCGCAACACCAACAGAAGUGGCCACAGUCUGAGUAGGGAGACGACUCAGGCGGAUAGCGAAGAACCGGCGGAGAUCAACCGUUUGAUGAGUCAGAUGUUUGGCAGGACUCGUCAGCAGAACUCAGAAGAGGAGCAGACGAGACACGUUGGCGUGAUGUUCAAGCAUCUUACCAUCAAGGGCAUGGGGCUCGGAGCUGCUCUUCAGCCGACCUUCUCUGAUCCCUUCGUUGGCCCGUUGCGUAAGGUCAGGGAACUACUCACCAAAGGCCGCACGGCUGUCAGUAAACCGCCAGUCAAGACUAUCAUCGAUGAUUUCUCCGGCUGCAUACGGCCAGGCGAGAUGCUGCUGGUUUUAGGAAGACCAGCUUCAGGUUGUAGCUCAUUCCUCAAAGUCCUUGGUAACCAACGCUCUGGCUUCGAAUCUAUCGAUGGCGACGUUACUUAUGGUGGCACAGAUGCAGAGACAAUGCUCAAGCAAUACAGGGGAGAAGUACUGUACAACCCAGAAGAUGACCUCCAUUACGCUACUUUGAGUGACGUUGGAGUUUGCUCUGAAGUAAAUGAGGGUGAAAGUCCAGCACAGUAUGUGAAGUCAUUCUUACAGGCAGUCAUUAAGCUCUUCUGGAUCGAGCAUACGCUUGGAACAAAAGUUGGCAAUGAAUUUGUUCGGGGUGUCUCUGGAGGGGAGAAGAAGAGAGUGUCGAUCGCAGAGGCCAUGAUCACCAAGGCAUCGACUCAAUGCUGGGACAAUUCUACUCGUGGUCUUGAUGCCAGUACGGCCCUGGAGUAUGUCAGCUCCCUGCACUCACUCACGAACAUGGCGCACACAUCCACCGCUGUCGCACUAUAUCAAGCUGGCGAGACACUUUACAAACAAUUCGACAAAGUACUUCUCAUCGAAGGAGGGCGUUGCGCAUAUUUCGGCAGCGCUGACGACGCAGUGGCCUACUUCAAGGAUCUGGGCUUCGUGCAGAAAGCACGCUGGACAUCGGCAGACUUCUUGACGAGUGUAACGAACCAGCACGAAAGACAGAUCAAAGAAGGAUGGGAGGACCGUGCACCUCGCACAGCUGAAGCAUUUGGUGACAUCUUCUCCAAGAGCGAACAGUAUCAGCGUAAUCUUGCAGAAAUUGAGGCUUUCGAGCAGGAGACUCAAAGCAGAAUGGAGGAGCAGCAAAGCGACCAAGCGCAAGAACUACACAAUAAGCUUCCACAGCAAGCAAGGGCUUGCACGCACAGGCAAUUCUUGGUCAUGAUCGGCGACAAGCAGUCUCUUGGAGGGAAAUGGGGAGGCAUCCUGUUCCAGGCACUGAUCGUCGGCAGCCUGUUCUACAACCUCCCGGCCACUAGCCUGGGAGUCUUUCUCAGAGGAGGUGUGCUGUUCUUCAUACUGCUCUUCAAUGCCCUCCUAGCUCUUGCCGAGCUGACUGCCGCCUUCGAGUCCCGGUCCAUAUUGCUCAAGCACAAAUCCUUCCAGUUCUACCGUCCAGCAGCCUACGCCAUAGCUCAGACUGUUGUUGACGUGCCACUGGUACUUGUCCAGGUCUUCGUUUUCGACAUUGUGGUGUACUUCAUGGCCAACCUCUCCCGGACUCCAUCGCAAUUCUUCAUCAGCCUAUUGCUGCUCUUCCUCCUCACCAUGACCAUGUACGCUUUCUUUCGCGCGGUCGGUGCUUUGUCUCGCAACCUGGAUAUAGCAACGAGAUUUUCUGGUGUUGCCAUACAAGCUUUGAUCGUAUACACGGGCUACCUCAUUCCGCCCAGCAAGAUGCAUCCCUGGUUCUCGUGGCUCAGGUGGAUCAAUCCGGUUCAGUAUGGAUUUGAGUGUCUAAUGGCCAAUGAGUUUUAUAAUCUGGAAAUACAGUGUAUCCCACCGAACCUGGUUCCCCAAGGCCCAGGAGCUACGCCAGAGUUCCAGUCUUGCACGAUUCAAGGAAGUCAGCCAGGCUCCGUAAUCGUACAGGGGCCCGACUAUAUUCAGGUGGCAUACCAGUACUCCCGAAGCCACUUGUGGCGGAAUGUGGGCUUUAUAUGCGCCUUCUUUCUGUUCUUCGUGACACUCACUGCUGUUGGCAUGGAGAUACAAAAGCCCAACAAGGGUGGUGGCGCUGUUACGGUGUUCCGGAGAGGACAAGCGCCACACUCAGUCAAGGCGGCACUGGAGUCAGGAAGACAAGGCGGCGAUGAUCUGGAGAAGAACUCCAGUCGUGAGUCCAUCGACACACCGGAUGAAAAGUCAGCCGAAGAGCCCAGCUCCAAGGUUAAUGGCGAGGCGAGUGGUUCAGAUACCGCUGGCGAGAAGGAAGCGGUAGCGAAGAAUGAGACUGAUUUCACGUGGCAGAAUGUGAAUUACACCAUACCCUACGAGAACAGUGAGAAGAAGCUGUUGCAGGACGUGCAGGGAUACAUGCAGCCAGGAAAGUUGACAGCGUUGAUGGGUGCAAGCGGUGCAGGCAAGACCAAACACCUUAGCACAAAGGAUCAACUUUGGUAG